CAUUUUUUACGAAUGUUGGCAAACAUGCAAACAAUGUUUAACAUUAGUCAUGCCAGUAAUCAUGCUAACAAACGAAUUAGCCACCAACCACACUAGAGACUUUGCUAAUUCCGGUAUAAAGUUCCCCAUGUUGUCAGCCUUUCAUAUGUUCAAAACAUGUCAAAUGUAUUUUAGAAACAAAUCUCUCAAUUCACUUUACAAGGUUCUUGAACAUUUCAUUGAAUACGUAUUGUACAUUGUACAGUUGUCAACGCCUCCUCGCGGGCAAAUUUAGGAUGGCGAGUGAUCAACUGACUGCCAAAUCACGUCGUGGUCACCAUUUGUUGACAGCUAGCGACCGGGGGGCGGGAAUAUUGCUCAAAAGCAGAAGGCCCAAUGCAGUCCAAAAACAACUCUCAUGCUUGCUCAGAUUUCUGAUUGGCCGUCCUCGAUUUCUUCACUGAAAUGAUGUUUACGUUAAAUCUAGCCUGAUUGACAUAUGGCAGAAGUUCAAAAGUAACAAUCUCAAGAACAGUCUCUCUCCAGCAGGUUGAGCUCGUGGCAAAGAUUGGAGAUCGUUCUUCAUCUUCCGUCUGCGUUGCCUCCAGUGUGCGAUGACGUCAUCACAACCCAUCUGUCUCCUAGUUACAAGCGGACAAGUGCUAGGUUGCUGCUGCUGCUGCUGCAGUUGCUGGUGAUGAUGCAGGUUCCACUUACGAUCCAACGUGGACAUGAGCUGAGCGAGAUUGGCGACCGGUGAAGUUUGGUGCUUGCAUUCUGAACAGAAGGUAAAGUCAUCGUCUAAAGUAAAGCUGCUGUUUUGCCAACAUGGAGGCGGCGGUGGAGAACACCAGCGCCCCGUUCCAGGAUUUUCCUCUACUCCAACUGAAUGUCACCAACACGACAGCGCCGGAUGACGGGUCGGGACCUGGCAUUGGGGGCGUCCUGAUCCCUCUCAUCUACGUGAUCGUGUGCGUGAUUGGUCUGGGCGGAAACACGCUGGUCAUCCACAUUGUGCUGCAUCACUCCAAGAUGGAGUCGGUGACCAACAUAUACAUCCUCAACCUGGCUAUUGCCGACGAGCUCUUCAUGCUGGGCCUUCCCUUCCUGGCCGUGCAGAACUCGCUGCAGAUGUGGCCAUUUGGAUCCUUCAUGUGCCGCCUAGUGAUGACGGUGGACUCCAUCAACCAGUUCACCAGCAUCUUCUGCCUGACCGUCAUGAGCGUGGACCGCUAUCUGGCGGUGGGCCACCCCGUCCGCUCGGCCCGCUGGCGACGCCCCCGCAUUGCCAAGGUGGUCAACGGCACCGUGUGGGCGUUGUCCUUCUUGGUGGUCCUGCCUGUCGUGGUCUUCGCCAACAUCCAGAAGACGGGCGGCAACUGCAACAUCCUGUGGCCGGCGCCCGCCAAGGUGUGGAGGGCGGCGUUCAUCGUCUACACUUCCACAGUGGGCUUCCUGUGCCCGCUGCUCAUCAUUUGCCUCUGCUACGUGCUCAUCGUCUUCAAGGUGCGCAGCUCGGCCAAGAAGGUCCACACAGCCUCGACCAAGCGCCGCAAGUCGGAGCGCAAGGUGACGCGCAUGGUGGUGAUCGUGGUGGCCGUCUUCGUCUUGUGCUGGUUGCCCUUCUACGCGCUGAACGUGCUCAACCUGCUGGUGGCGCUGCCCCCCGAGUAUCAGGGCCUGUACUACUUCGUGGUGGUGCUGGGCUACGCCAACAGCUGCGCCAACCCGGUGGUGUACGGCUUCAUGUCAGACAACUUCAAGAGGGGCUUCCGCAAAGCCCUCUGCCGCGCCACCCGCAAAGUGGAGGACCACCAUGCCAUCCAGCCCCAGCCGCCAAAGGAGGGCGGCAGGCAGGCACCCGUGCCCAGAGAGAGCCUGAGGCGAGGACUCCACCAAGACGACGACGUCUCAGAAAUGACGCAAGCCUUGAGAAUGGAGCAAAACGGAAUGGCAGGCUGCUCGUCACUGGGUCUGGAGCCUUUAUUGGCGGAGCGCGAGGGGCCGGAGCAGAAUCCCCAAGGACAAAUGCUGUCUGGUGGGAAGGACUCUGGUGGGAGGGACCUUGAGACCUCCCUCGCGACACCUUUGCUCGGAAAUGAAGCAAACGGGACCGCAAAAACUAUGCCUGAUGACAAUGUGGUGCACAGCACCUCUUUGGAAAUAUAGGCUACUUGUAAUAUGAACACAGUGCAGUGCAGUGAACACAUGUUUUGUCAAUAAGUCUUCUGACAUUACCUGGCGACCAGUCCUGUUCAUCUCUAUGUGCCCUGAUCUUGAUUGUCCAUUGGAAGUCGACAGUAUAUGUGAUCUGACUUUGGCUGGCAACCAGUUCUUGUUUCUCUAAGUGUCCUGAAAUGGACUUGCGACCACUCGAUUGUGUGUUUAUAUGUGCCCUGAGAUUGACUGGCGACCAGUACAUCGUUUGUAAGUGUCCUUACCUGGAUUGACAACCAGUCCAUUGUUUGUCUACAUGAAACCUGAUAUUGUUGGGCAACCAUUUCAUUCUUUGUCGAUAUGUACCGUGCCACUGGCUGGCGACCAGUUCAGGGUGUACAAGGUUACUUUCGGUCACUGCUUGACACACUUGGCUUUACACAUCACAUGUUGACGGUUCAGAACAUGAAAAGUAUUUGUAAUAUAUGGUCUUAUUUGGGUGUCCUCUGACCUGAGUUGAAAACCUGUAAGAGGAUUUCAUCCAUGUUUGGGUGUUGGAUGUGAUGGCGGCCUCAUUGUGAUUCAUCCGUGUUUUUGUUUUUUUUUGGUUCUGAGUCAUUUCAGUGACAAUAUGUACUCUUGUGCUAUUCUCACACACUAACUAAUUACUGUCACUGUGUGUGUGUGUGGGGGGGGGGUGUUAUUGUGUUGGAACCUCUUGAUUAUGCUG